AUGAAGACACUCAUCGUAAUAGCGGCUCUCGUAGCUUUGUGCUCCAGCAGUGCCAUUCCCAAUAUUCCAAGGGACAACAGUCACUACGUGGAGGGAGUUACCCGCUAUGUGUGGAUGCCUGAUGGUGAAGGUAAACCCGUACUAGUAGACCUUGAAGAGCCAGUCGACGAGGAACUGCUGGAAGCAACUAGGAAUGGAGCCAACAAUCAAUACUGGCUUUACACUAGUCGCAACCCACAUAACCCGCAAGUCAUUACUCAUGGUAACGCCAACACAAUUUGGGCCUCAAAUUACAAUGGUGCACGACCACUGAAUGUUAUCGUUCACGGAUGGAACAAUAACGGAAAUACUCCAAUGAACCCACUUAUCACUUCUGCUUUCCUAGCAGUCCAAGAUUGCAACGUCAUCGUUGUAGACUGGCGAGCCCUUGCUAAUGGUCAAUACAGCACUGCUGUUGCUGGGGUACCCAAUGUAGGAGUACACCUUGGAAACUUUGUUACCUGGCUCAUUAACACAGCUGGAGGUAACUGGAAUCAGGUCCACUUUGUUGGAUUCAGUUUGGGAGCUCACGUUGUCGGAAACGCUGGACGACAGACUGGCAAUCGUCCUGCCCGUAUAACGGGAUUGGAUCCUGCUGGCUAUCUAUGGCAUUCUAACAGCAACAGAUUAAGUUCAAGUAAUGGUCAGUACGUGGAGGCUAUCCAUACCGACGGUAACGCCCUAGGUAUUAUGAACCCAAGUGGUAACGCUGAUUUCUAUCCUAAUGGCGGUAAACACUGGCAGCCAGGCUGUGCACUCCAGGGCAAUGCAUGUUCUCACGGUCGUGCGACGGAGCUUUUCGCGGCCACAGUUCGACACAACCAUUUGAUCGGAAGACAAUGUCCUAACAUUUGGGAAGCUGAGCUUGGCACAUGCAAUGGAGCUAGUUUCCAUAUGGGCAAUAGUAUUUUUACCAAACGAGGAAACGGUCUCUACGCCCUGAGAACUGGAUCAGUAUUUCCAUUUUAA